ACGCCUGGGGAGUACGUGCCUGUGUCCUUCAGAGGGGUUUCUGUGACAGUCUCCCAUGCUGGGGACACGGCUCCGCUGCCCGAUCCCCAGCUGUCCCUUAUCUCCCCAUGCAGACCUGCGCCCCGACAGCAUGCGUAACCAAGCCGCGCACGUGGGCCAUGGAUAAAGAGCUGGCCAGGUGAUGGGACUCCAGUCUGGUGGCCUCCCUCCCUGUGCAGCGUGGCUUGCUCUGGCAGCUGGACUCGUUCACAAGUGCUUGGCCACGACAAUGUACCAACAUUUCCUUUUCCUUUUCUUCCUCUCCUUCCAUCCCCAUAAAUGCCUGGGUGAAGAUCCAUAUGAAAUGCCCAAAGACCACCAGGAAGUCUACAGAGGCACAAAAAAUGACAUAAAAGAGAUCCCAAAGAUUGCAAAGCCCUUCAUUUCUGAGAUGAUCUUUGUACAAACCAGCAUCACUACUAUAAGGAAAGGUGCCUUCAGGUACAUGCCCAACCUGGUCAAGAUUUUGUUUAUUGGCAACAAGAUCAAGACAGUUGAACCUGGAGCCUUUGAUAGUUUAGAGAAGCUGAGGGAUUUGGAAAUCUCUGGUGCGUCAUUAGAAGAACUAGCUGUGGGCACUUUCCAAAACCUCCCAAGCUUGCAGAGGCUGGAGCUGAGAGACAGCCACCUCAGACACAUCCCCAAAGGUCUGUUUGAUGGGCUGGAGAAUUUGGGAGAGCUCUCCCUGCACAUCAAUGCAAUUUCUUCUCUUCCAGAAGGUGUUUUUGAUUCUCUCGUCAAUCUAACAUUUUUGGACCUUUCUAGAAACAGGAUCACAGCUCUUCCUGGGGGUGCCUUUAGCAAACUACCCCAUCUGCAAGUCCUCCGGCUGUAUGAGAAUGAGCUGCAGGACCUACCAGCGACACUGCUAGAUGGUCAGUCAGGACUGCUGGAGCUCAGCCUCCAGAGGAACAGGCUCAGGGCACUGCCACCCAUGCUUCUGAGGAGCCUGCCUCACCUGGAGAAACUCCUCUUGGACAACAACCUCAUCGGGACUCUCCCACUCCAGGGUUUUUUUGGUUUAAACAAAUUGAAACUGCUGACUCUGGAUUCAAACCACAUUACAGAACUCCCGUGCUGCCUUUUUGAUGCCAUGCCACACCUGCGAGAGCUGGACCUGAGCAGGAACAGUUUGGCCACUCUUCCAGAUGGCAUCUUUGUCAACCUCACAUCCCUUGGCAAACUCAUCUUGUCCCACAACCAGCUAGCAGCCCUGCCAAGAGGAGCCUUCACUGGGCUCAGCAAGCUCUCUGUCCUCCAGCUAGACACAAAUCAGCUGUCUGCUCUGGAUGAUGAUGUCUUUUCUUCUCUCCCAAAUCUGAAAACCCUCAGCCUUCGGAAGAACCAGCUGGAGCGUGUCCCCCAAGGGGUCCUGGACCCCCUGAAGAAACUCAACUCAGUGUAUCUGAGUGAGAACCCAUGGAGAUGUGACUGCAACCUCUGCUACCUGCACAGCUGGAUUCUGGGCAACAGUGAAAAAGUUAAAUUGUCCACCCAAGUGUCAUGCAAGAGUCCACCCCACCUGGCAGGACAAGCAGUGAUAUUGCUGAGGAAUGACCACUUAAUUUGCCCAGAUACAAUUCCUCUUUCUUCUUUUACCCCAUCUCUGGCAUUAACGUCCGCGUCACCACACGAGGUGUCAGCCUUGCUGCCAGCUGGAGCCUUGCCCACUGCAGCACCGACCACGCUGUCGUUGGCAGCCUUUCCUACCACGGCACUGCCAACCAUGCUGUCACCUGUGCCUACCUUUGCCAUGCUGCCAACUGUGCCAGUGGAGGCCUUUGUCACUGCUCCAUUACCAACCGUGCCAUCAAAGGCCUCCAUCGCCACCCCAUCACCAGCUGUGCUGCCCCAGACUUCCAUCACCACACCAUCAUCAACUGUGCUGCUCAAGGCUUCCGUCAACACACCAUCGUCAACUAUACUGCCUGAGACCUCCAUCACCACCAUAUCACCAACUGUUCUGCCCAAAACCUCCAUUAGCACUGUGCUGCCUAAGUUCUCCAUCACCACUCCCUCACAAAUUUUUCCACCUGAAGCCUCCAUCAUCACCCCAUCAUCAGCUGUGCUGCCCAAGACCUCUGUCACCGCCCCGUCAUUAUCUGUGCUGCCAAAGGCCUCCAUCACCACACCAUCACCAACUGUGCUGCCUGAGUCCUCCAUCACCACCCCAUCACCACCUCUGCUGCCAAAGGCCUCCAUCGUCACACCAUCACCCACUGUGCCACAGGAGGCCUCCAUACCAAGUGCAACUCCAGCCAUGAUAAACAUACAGCCUCCUGGGGCCACCAGCCCAGAGCCUGCACUGUCAAGUCUAGCUUCUGUCACCACACUGGUGCCAACCAGCACGCUGGCAGCCACCACCGGGCAAGCAUCUCCUGCUCUUCUGGUGCCCAUGGAGAGGCCAGAUGCUGUCCCACAGGGGACACCCAGCAUCUCCCUUGUCUCAGGCAACCCCAUGGCACUCUGGCCACCCUACAGGGCUUCUGCACCAGGGAUGGUCUCACUGGCCUCACACUCGCCAUCCCACCAUGCUCCUGUGCCAGGUGGGGAGUUGGACCAUGCCACUACAUGGGGCUUGUCCACAGUUGGCACCCAGCCUGCUCCCACUGCCCCCCAACACAUUCCCACCCCUGCAGGCACCAUUCUGCUCCUGACAACCCCUGUCCCCCUGACACCAGACCAUAUGAGUCCCUGGCCGGUCCCCCCACCCCGUGGCCAUCACGCCUGGGGCUUUGCACUGCAGCCCAGCCCACGGCACUGCCAGGUCCCCAUGGCGCUGGGCCUGGCCGCGCUGGUGCUGCAGGUGGGCUGCACGCUGCUGUGGGGGCUGCUCACCCUUCUCCUUCACCAGGCCACCCGCCACCCAGCCCACGCCGUGCCACCGGUGAGGCUGCUGAGCCUCCAAGCCCUGGCUGCCCCGGAGCCCCUCCAGCAAGCCCAGGCGCUGCUUUGACUUUGCUGCCCCUGCACGACCCGGCAAUGCCCAUCAUCCUCCUCUGGGCUCUGCAGCCGUGCCGGCCACGGGGUGCGUAUGUCAUGGGGUGCCGACUGUCCCCCAGGGUGGGUGUCCCAGCACCCAGGAUGUUUUGGGGUGCCUCCCAGCGGCCCCUGGAGAAAUCGUGAGCUUAGGGAGCCUAUGCACCAUGUCUGACGGGCCCUUCUGCCAAGCGACACUAGAUGGCAUCUCGAGACAGGCAGUGGCUGCCACCGCCUGCCCGGGGCCACCGGGAGCAGCGAGGGCGACCAGUAGCCCUGGAGGCAUUGCACCUAGCCAGCUGGGGACCUCGUUGGACCUCGGGCAUGGCCCGCACUCCUUGCUUGCAGGGUCUGGUCGGGGCUCCUGCCUGCAUCUUCUCCCCGCCCCAGACAGGUACCUGCAGGUGCAAGCAGUCUUUGGGAAGGACAUCCCAAGACAUCCUGCCCCUCGCCCCGGCUUCUUCCCUGCGUCAGGAGACAGAAUGUGUCAGUGUCCGUGUGUCCAUCAUAACACUCUGACCUCUUCCCCUCUCCUUCUCCCAUUCCUCCUCACUGAUAUUAAAGCCUCCUCUGCAUCUCUGCCGUGCACUGAAGGGCUGGUGAGAGGAGUAUUUUUAACCCA